CCCUAAAAAUCCCUCUUCCCCUCCCGUGACUUCGGCCGCCUUCACUGCCAGAACCCUUCUUCUCUUCCUUCACCUUAUUUUCUGGAGUUCGGAGGCACUCGAAGCCUUCCCUACCCCGAUACUUACGUAACAUUGGUGCUUUCAUUGACGACAUGACUUUGGAAGCUAAUCCCCUCAUGCAACACUUGGCGGCCAUUGAUGCCCGCUUCAAGGAACUACGUGAUGCCAUCCACGACACCACCAAGCAACUGCAGGACGAGUUUGAAACACAGCUGGCCCUCCACGCUUUCAAACUGGACAGCCAAUAUGCUCGGGUGGAGGCUCUGCUCUUGCCCUACAAAGGGGGACCGCCCCAUGCACGUAACCGUGGCCAGGGUUUUGAGGAUGGGUACGAACGCGGCAGCACGUCGUAUAUCCCAAAACCUAAGCUCGAGCCACCCAAAUGCGACGGCUCAGACCCUCUUCGUUGGCUUUACAAGCCACUGCCAUUCCCAAGUGACUUCGUCGACGGCCACCCACCGGCCCAUCCCGUGAGGGUGUAUGGGCAACGUACCACCUUGGUCGCGGGUCAAGCCGUGCGGCAAGCGCUAGUGGAGUGGUCCGACGGUGAAAUGGAGCAUGCCACCUGGGAGCCCAUCGAGAAUCUACGCCAGCACUUUCCAGAUUUGCACCUUGAGGACAAGGUGCUAGUUGAUCCGGUGGGGAAUAUUAUGAAUGAUGUGGACCGCGGACGAGGAGUUGGCCAUGGUGAUUUGGGGUCUAACGUUGAGACUGAUAUGGGUUGGGACGUGGAGACUGGGGAGACGGACGUAGUAUCCGACGUGCGCAAGAGUUCGAGGGUUGGGCAUCUUCCCGCAUGGCAAAAGGAUUAUUUAAUUUAGCAUUUUUACGCUUUAAUAAUUAUUAUUGUACUUUAGAUUUUGUUAGGUGAGCGUAAUUAUAAGCUCUUUCGAGGGUUUCUUUGCGGUCCUCGCUUUUCUUUGAACCGCCAGGGUAAAAAACGUAGUAAUUAGGGUUAAAGGAUUUUUGGCUUCUCCUCAUUAUAAAAGGAGUUGUACGUCAAUUGGCCAGGAUAUCAAUAAGAAUAUUAAGACCCU